AUGAAGGCAAGUAUACGUCGCACCGGUCGAACCGGGCACCGCUACCCUCCAAAUACCAGGAGUGAUGUUGUGACGAGCGCUCUGAACUUCGACACACCAGACUGUCACAUCACCGGCAGCUGCGAUCUAUACACCACCAAGGCUGCGGGUUCCGACAAGCGCCUUUACAAGAACAUCCAACAGUCCCUCCAAACUCAGCACGACAACCUCAUCAAGUUUGGCAAGUCCCUGUCACCACCACAGCGCGAAUCAAUCGCCGAUACCGUCAACUUUGAGCGGUCUUCACCAUUCGGCUCGCUCAACGAAAAGGCCAACCGAAACACAUACGCAUAUCUAAUAGCCACUCUCAAUGCGUCGCAUCCCGACUACGACUUCUCCAAUGUCCUGCGACCCGACGACUUUAAGCGCGAGAAAGAAUUGCGCCGCGUCAUGGCCCACAUAGAUAGCACCCUGCAAAGCGUGCGGCCCAAUUCAUCUUUCCUAGACGUCACAAUACCUUGCAUGGGCACCUCGCCCGCCGCCGCCUCGAGUUUCGGCUCCUCAGGCCUCGCCAUGUCACCCGUCUGGGGCCCUGGCAUGUGGGCAUCCAUCGAUAAAGAGAUGGACCUCAAGGACUGCUCCAUCUUCUCGUACCAGCCCGUCGACGCCCCAUUUGACGAGGAAGAAGGCGCCAUUUGGGCCCUCCACUACUUCUUCUUCAACAAGACUCUCAAGCGCGUCUGCUACCUCUAUGUGCGCGGGAUGCCGGUCAUGUCCCAUAGUCCGAGAAUACCGGGUCACCACGCCAUCAUCUCGGCCAAAGGCGGGCUUGUGCGGCCGCGCAGGGCCCUCUAUGGGAUCGAUGAGGAGCUCGACGACGCCGGAGCCAACAAGCGCGCAAGGUACUGGCUCGGAGACCAGUUUGCCGAGCGCGUCAUGGCGGAUGACGACGACAUGGAGGCCGAUGAUGGUCUAAUAUGGAAUCGCGAUGCUGACGGUGACGUCAACUGCAACUAUCAUGAUGACGAUUACGACGACUAUGAUAUUGAGAGCCUGGGGGAUUACGAAGAGGACGAAGACCUCGAAGACGCGGAAGAAGAUGACCAUGACAACAAAAACACUAAUGGUGGUCGGAGUCAAGCUUCGGCCGCCAAGGGGGGCUGGCGCUCUGAGAAUGUUCCGUACCGGGGAGUCAGUGAGGAUAUUGCGUCGAGGAUGGAGAUUGAUGUUUAG